GAAACGAUAUAACAUUCAGUUGGUCAGAAAGCAUAAUUCAGUCAUUUAUAUACAAAUAUUCCAGAUUUUGAAAUGGGCAUAAAUUCAACGAAUUUUAAAGUGUUUUAGAUUUAAAUUUCAAACUGAUGAAUUCUGUUCAAUUUUUAAAUUGGAGAGUUAUAAAUUUUUUACUCAUUUCGAUACCAGGACGUAACAGCUUGCUGACAUUGUCUUACAAUUAGCAAAUUGAACUCAAAUUCAAGUACAUAAUACGGAUAAAAAUAUUUUCGCUACAGUAUACAUGCAUAGAUAAGUAAAUAAUUGCGAUUGCAAGUAUAACAGCGAAAGAAUAGCAGACAGCACAGAGGGUUCUACUGUUUCACAACAGUUGUGCGUUUAAGUCUGCAUCAUCGACAAUGUUUACGCUAGAAAACAUACAGUGCCAUCUCACGCUGAUUUGUCGAUAACAAAAAUAAAAAAGAAUAAAAAAAAAACAAAAAAUUGAGAAGGAUCUCGGAUGAUAACUUGUGUCUUCGAGGAACUAUCAACAAUGUCAGUGAUGUAAUUUUGCCUUCAAUAAAAUAUUGACAACAUUAGAUAAAGUCAAGAAUGUGAUAAAAUAUUUUUGUAAAAAGUUUCGUCAAGAUAAUCGAGCGUCAAGUAUUUAUUGUUACAUUGAAAAAAAAUUAACGCAAACCUAACUAAAACUUCUUGGCAAGUAUUGUGAGAAUUCUAACCUCAAAAUCAAAAUAUUUCUGACGAAAAAUAAGAUUGAAAGACAAGACGAGAGUAAUACGGGAAUGAAAAUUUGAAUAAUACUUAAAAAUACGCGGUUUUCUACGUAACGAGAAUGAUGUCUGACGAAUCUGAAUAUGAAAUGGAGACAGAGGAGUACGAUGUCUAUAAGCGAAAAUAUCAACUUCUACUCGAAAGAUGCGAAAUUUUACAACAGGACAAUGAAAGACUUGUAUAUCGGAUUCAGAAAGUGAGAAAACUUUUGAGGCGGACCCGAAAAGAAAAAAAAUUUUUAAUCGGUCGAUUAGAUCAGCACGGAGAUAAAUGGCGCGAAGCUCCGAUGGGGGUCUUAGAAGAAAAUAGCGUGUCUCAAGCGACACCCAAGCAAGAGAAAGGCUCAAAAUCUACCGCCAAUCAUCAGAAAGAAGAUAAACCAAAGAAAGUGACAAAGCGGAAAGGAGGCAAGGCAGAUCCAAAUGCUCCAAAGAGACCUGCUAAUCCAUUCUUCCAAUUCUGUCAAGAACAAAGACCAAGAGUCAUGGAAAGACUAGCCGGGGAACCAGAACCUAGCAAACAAGAACUUACCAGGCAAUUGGCAACAACCUGGAAAUCGCUCACCUCAGAGGACAAAAAGGUUUACUACGACAUGUACGAGCGUUCGAAAGAAAAGUACGUUGCGGAAAUGCAAAUUUAUAAUAAGAAGUCCGAGGACGCACCACCUCAAAUGCCGUUGAAUAUAACUUGAGAAUGUUCAUUUUUUUUUUUUCCAUCAAAUCUAAUCUUUAGACAAGUCUAUUUCUAGAUGAAAUGUUGAAUACUUCAACCCCUUGUAUUAUAUUCCAAGUAUUCAAUUGUACAGAUAGCAUAAGGUUUGUUUCAAUGUUUAAUGUAAAAUUGACACAG